AUGUUGACAUUGAUUUUCGUGAUCAGGGCGUCUUCGGGCUUCAGAAAAAUAUUGGUUCGGAGAUUUGUGGGGAGGGGGGCACGGUGGACCCUUCUAGCUCCUGGACUAUUGUUAUUUACUGUUUCAGAUGCGUUGCCCGCCUGUUGCCGUGUCAAAAGUUUUCAAGACAGGUGUCUUGUUACGUGUUCCGGGUGUCGUCUGCGGGAUAUACCACAGGAUUUGCCAGUCAAUAUGACAGAGUUGAAUUUACCUAACAACAAUUUAGUUAGACUACACCGGUAUUCCUUUCCAAAGUUACCUCUACUAAACACACUGAAUCUUCAGUCAAAUCAUCUCGUACGAAUUUCGUCUGGAGCAUUCGACAACACUUCGAACAUACAAAGCCUGAAUCUCGCAGACAACAAUCUUGACCAUCUAUCCAUUGAUCCGAAAAGUUUCGAAUCUCUGAAAAAGCUUAAUUCGUUAAAGAUUCAGAACAAUUAUUUCCAUUUGAAGAAAAUAUAUCCUGUGCGUGCUUUAUCAAACGUUCCGCAACUUUCGGAUCUUUUCAUGGAUAUUUUUGAAGGGUUCGUCUUCGGAGAGGAGUUUGCAAACUUAAGUAUGCUGAACAAACUAGAUUUGUCAUUUAGAGGGAAAGAUAGUGUAUCUUUUCUGAAUACAUCGUUUCUUAGCUUCAAGCAAUCAAACAUAACAGAAUUAUUUAUACUGGCAUACUUCAGAAAGAUUGAGAACAAUUUCCUGUUUCCAUUUAGAGAUCUCGUUUCGUUAAAACUGGUCUCAGUUAGAAGUUUCAUCACUGUUAGAGAAAUUCUGAAAGGACUCCACGGAGUACGAGCGAAAGUAAUGGAUUCACUUGUAAUAACAGGUUUUCGACACAAAUUUACGAAAGGUUUAAAUCUGGUGGAGACAGAUAUUCAUUAUCUGGCAACUUUAUGCGUCAAAAAACUAAAACUGAAUAAUAAUGGCAUUGCCCUUAUAAGUACAAAAGCGCUGACAUCCUGGACUAGUAAGACUUGCAUUGAGGAAUUGGAUGUUUCAGAAAAUAACUUCUUUAACCCACAGGGAAUUUAUAUAUUGGCUCUUUUUACUUCAUUAACUCAUCUCGAAUGUGCAUACCUGCGCGAUAUUCCGUUUGUUAAGCGAAGUGUUUUGACAGCCAUGGAAAUGAUACUUUUUAUUCCGGAAAAUUUGAUAUAUGUAAACUUCACACAUAGUAGAAUAGGUGGAAAGUUGCCUAAUAUUACAGUUGCCAGAAAUAACAAUCUUCAAGUAUUGGAUGUAAGUUAUUCAGGUAAAAUAAUGAGAUGUUCACAUGGAAUUAUCAAAGGCCUUGUCCACUUGAAAGAGCUAGACAUGUCCGGCAUUGACUGUUCAUUGCCAAAUCCGAAUAUGUUCGUUGAAUAUUCCAAUUUAUCGAGACUCACAGCAAAGCAAUGUAAUUUUGGAAACGCCCUGGCUACAAACACGACUUCGUUAUUCAAGGGACUGAAUAACCUUUCUGUAGUCGAUAUUUCAUCAAACAAUCUUGUAAGCUUAAGCAUUGACCUGUUUGCAGAUCAGAAAGACUCUCUUAAAUAUUUGAUUCUUGCAAAGAAUCAUUUUAAUCACAUUCCUUCACUAACGAUAAGCCAUUUUAGUGCGUUGGAGAGAAUAGACCUCAGUUCUAACCUCAUAUCAACAUUAAGUAAAUCAGAAUAUUCUCUACUUGAUGACUUUAAAUCUAAAUCGAAUAACUUUAAAAUUGUGUUGUAUGGGAAUCCUCUGGUGUGUAGUUGUGAGCAAUUGGAUCUCUUGUCAUGGAUAGAAUCAACAGAGAUUAUUUACAAAAAGGAAGAACUUACAUGUUCUACUCCAGCGGGGAGUCAAACUAGUAUUGUCGAAUUCAUGGAAGAUUUUGAUCAGUUCAAGGACAGUUGUGUUUCCCAAGUCUGGUUGGUCAUUUCAAUAAUACUCAUUCUUGUUUGUUUCGUCUUUGGUGUCCUUGCACGAGAGGCAUGGGGGAGAAGUGUGUGGCUACGAUCCACCUGCCGUCAGCCGUUCGAAAAUUUGACAUACAAAUAUGACAUUUUUAUAUCUUCUUGUAGUGAAGAUUCUAGCUGGGUAGCAAAAACAUUUAUCCCAUGGUUAGAUUCCACGGGCAUUGAAUAUUGCUUUGAAGAUAAAAGUUUUAAGCCUGGUUAUGACCUAGCGGAUAACAUUAUGGACGCCAUAGAUAAUUCACGGCAAACUGUAUUUGUCGUAAGUUAUACUUUUUUGGAACGUGAAUGGUCAACAUUUACAUUAAAAUUGACCAGUGUUUAUUCAUUUCGUGAUUCCAGAGAAGGUAUGAAUAUAAUCAUCCUAUUAAAUGAUAUAGAAAAAGGUGAGUUUCCAAAACUCAUAAGGAGAAACUGGCACAUAAUUCGUCCUUUAAGAUGGCCAAGCGACAAUAAUCCUGGAAAGGCUCUCGCAGCCCAGGAAGUUUUUUGGGAAAAACUAUUGAAACGUUUUCAGUCGGGAAAAGGACACGUAUCAACAUCAGUUACUGAAUCCAUCUUGUAA